AUGUCUUUGGAUCUCUCGAAAUAUCUAGAACCUCAAGAUCAGUUCAUCAUUCUUUCGCUGCUCCAGUGCUUCGGCCUCAUCUUCAAGGAUAAGUUCUCCGACUUGAGAUUCACCGCCACGCAAGGGGCGCUCGUGGUCAACGUCAACGCGGCCUUCGGGAAGUUAAUCGGGCCCAUAACCGGGGUACUGCUGAAGGUCUAUGGGUGCAGGAGAAUCGCGCUGGUGGCGGCGUCGCUGCUCACUCUAGGCAUGGUGCUGACGUCGUUCUGCAGGAGUUUCGCUUUUUUCGUGGUCGCCUAGGGGCUCAUUUCGUCGAUGGGUAUGCAAAUGAGCGAGAGCACGCAGAGGCUGGCCUUGAAUUUUUACUUCAAGAAGAAGAGGAGUGUGGCGAUGGGGUUCGCGGUGACGGCGGCGGGGUUCGGGCCCAUUUUGGUCCCGCAGUUGAUUAGGGUGUUGAUGAGGGUGUACAGCACCCAAGAAGUGGCGUUGAUUUAUGGGGGUAUUUGCACCCAUGUGUUCGUGGCGGCUUCGUUGCUCCAGCCGGUGCAGUGGCACAUGAAGGAGGAGCGAAACAACCCGGAGGAGGGGCUACUUUUGGACGAGAAGAGUCAAGAGUGUGAAAAGAAACGGGAAACUCUAUGUGGGACGAUUUUGACCAACAUUGCCAAAAUUUUUGACUUGGAUUUACUCAAGGACCCGGUUUUUGACAACAUUUUAGUCGGAUUGGCACUGGCGACGUUCGCCGAGAUAAACUUUACCCUUUUAAUGCCUUUCAUUCUUCACGACUUUGGGCUGAAGACCGGCGAAAUCGCCACUUUUUUGUCGACUUUGGGCGUCUCGGAUAUGCUUUUUCGUUUCGUGGGGCCCUACAUAGGCAACUAUUUUACUAAACCGUCGAGACUGAUGUACGUCUACGCGCUCGCUAUUCUUACAGUAGUUAGAUUCACUCUUCUUAUCUCCAAAAAUUACUACGUUCUUUUAGUGAUUGCGUUCACCUGGGGAAUCGCUAAAGGCGUUCGGAAAGUUUACAUGUGGUUGGUUAUUCCGGACCAUGUGUCAGCUGAUAAACUGGCGUCUGCUGGAGGUAUAGAAACUUUGGCUAAUGGUAUUUGUAUUUUGGUUGGGGGACCCAUCAUGGGCGCUCUUCGUGACGCAACCGGGAGCUAUGUUAUUUGUAUUGUUGUUAUGAAUUGCGUCACCCUUGUCACUAUUUUGAUGUGGUGUACAGAGGCUGUUAUUGUGAAAUAUUCAAAAAUAAAGAUUCAGAAACGGAAAACUUCAAAAACUUAA